GUUACCUGUCUAAACGUAAGGGAACCGCAAGUAACAUUCCACACGCGUUUUUCCUCUAAAGUAUAAUAUAUUCAUUCGUAGCACGGUGCAAGUUAAGACACUAGAAUGCAUGAGUGACAGCAUUUUCCGUGUACCAACUACGGACAAUUAUAGGACUACUAUUGUAUUUUCGUCUCGUACUAGACGUUUAAGGUUUUGUCAACCUGUCCCGAGCUCCGGUCCAGGUGACUCGGUAGUGGAAGUAUCCCGGGCCCCUGACGUCACGAAUGGGACUACGGGCGCGAGGAGUUCGGUAUCGGUACGCGGGGAGCGGAGAGGGGGCGGACAGGGCACGGGUACAGUACAGUACGCGAGAGACCGCGCGCGAGAGUGGUCGGUGCUAUCGGUUUGGUGCGGCGCGGCCGCGGUGUGUGAUGCGAGCGGGCCGGCCGCCAUGGCCACGCUCGGCCUGUCCAAGGUGUUCAUUCUCGACAAGUACUUCACUGAGCUGCAAAAGUUCUGGGAGACGGAAAAGAAGCUGCAAGACGCAUCAUCGUCGAAUGAGGCCGUGCACCUGCAGCGCCGGCUGCUGAGCCUCAGCUCGGAGCUGGUGACGCUCCGAAACCACCUGCACGUGGGCGGCGUGGGCGCGGGCGGCGCGGGCGGCGGGGCGGCGAGUCCGGGCGGCGGGGCGAGCGGCGGGGCGCAGCCCGCGGUGCCGCCACGCGCGCCGCUCCUGCCACCGCCCCCCGCGCCCGCGCCUGCGCCGCCGCCCCCCGCACCCCCAGCACCAGCGCCGCACGCUGCGCAGGCGCCGGUCGCAGCGCAUCCCUCCGUGCAGCCGCCGCCGACCAGAUGGCGCGGCGGGGCGGGGGCGGGGGCGGGGACGGGGGCAGCGGCAGACGACCUCAUCCACCUGCGCGGGCCGCUCACCGAGGACGCAGUGGUGCGCGCGCUGCAGGCUCGCUUCUAUCAGAACAAGUUUUACACGUCCGUGGGCCCGAUCCUGGUCGCCAUGAACGCGUACACGGACGCCUCUAACGCGCUGACGCCGGCAGCGGCGCGCGCGCAGCGCCCGGAGCUGGCCCGGCUGGUGCACGACGCGGUGCGCCACCAGGCCGACACCGGCUGCCCGCAGGCCAUCAUACUUUCCGGCGUGUCGGGGUCGGGCAAGACGUACGCGUCCAUGGUGUUGCUGCGGCGGUUAUUCGACGUGGCGGGCGGCGGGCCCGAGACCGACGCCUUUAAGCACCUCGCGGCCGCCUUCACCGUGCUGCGCUCGCUGGGCGCCGCCGGAACGCUCGCCAACUCCCACUCCAGCCGCAUCGGGCACUUCAUCGAGGUGCAGGUGACGGACGGCGCACUGUAUCGCACCAAGAUCCACUGCUACUUCCUGGACCAGACGCGCGUCGUGCGGCCGCCGCCCGGCGAGCGCAACUACCAUAUCUUCUACCAAAUGCUGGCUGGUCUGGCGCCCGACGAGCGCCUGCAGCUGCACCUCGACGGCUACACCGCGCAGGACCUGCGGUAUCUGGCAUCCUCUCAACAUCGAAGGCCCGAGCCGGAGGACGCUGCUCGCUUCCACGCGUGGAAAACGUGCCUCGGCAUCCUCGGCAUUCCGUUCCUGGACGUGGUGCGCGUGCUUGCGGCGGUGCUGCUGCUCGGCAACGUGCAGUUCGGCGAGGGCGCAGAGGGCGCGGCCGAGCCCGCCGGCGAGGCCGAGCUGGCGGCCGCCGCCUCCCUGCUGGGCGUCGCCGCACCGGCGCUGCUACGCGGGCUGGCGUCGCGCACGGCGCCGCGACACGCGCGCCCUCAGGUGCGCGGCGCGGCCGGACCUGCGCACGCCGCCUGCGCGCGCGACGCACUCGCCAAGGCGUUGUACUGCCGCACCGUGGCCACCAUCGUGCGCCGCGCCAACUCGCUCAAGCGACUGGGCUCGACGCUCGGCACGCUCUCCUCGGACUCGAACGACUCGGUGCGAGACCAGGACGCGGCGUCGCGGCGCGCCUCCACUGCGGGCGGGCGGUCGCGUGCGGGCGCGCAAGGCAUGGCGGCGCUCAACGACGCGGUGCGACACGCGACCGACGGCUUCGUCGGCAUCCUGGACAUGUUCGGGUUCGAGGAUGCCGCGCCCAGCCGGCUGGAGCACCUGUGCGCCAAUCUUUGCGCGGAGACCAUGCAGCACUUCUACAACACGCACGUGUUCAAGUCGUCGGCGGAGUCGUGCCGCGAGGAGGGCGUGGCGGGCGCGCUCGAGGUGGAGUACGUCGAUAACGUGCCCUGCAUCGACCUCGUGUCCUCGCUGCGCGCCGGUCUGCUCGCCGCGCUCGACGCCGAGUGCGCCGCGCGCGGCUCGCCCGAGCACUACGUCGCCAGGAUCAGGACCGCGCACAGGGGACACCCGCGGCUGGGCGAGGCGCGGCCUCCGCACGCGCGCCGCUUCGCCGUGCGCCACUACGCCGGCGAGGUGGUGUACGACGCGGCCGAGUUCCUGGACGCCAACCGCGACUGCGUGCCCGACGCCCUGCUCGCCGCCUUCGACUCGCGCUGCUGCGAGUUCGGCUUCGCCACGCAUCUCUUCGGCGCCGAGCUCAAGGCGCUGGCUGCGAGCGGCGGCGCGACUGGCGCGCUGUUCCGCGCCUCGCCCACCGCGCUGGCGCCCGCGGGGCCCGCCGCGCCCGCAGCGCCCGCCUCCACCCUCACGCAGGACUUCCACACGCGGUUGGACAACUUGUUGCGCACGCUGGUGCACGCGCGGCCGCACUUCGUGCGCUGCCUGCGCGCCAACGCCGCCGAGACCCCCAUGCUGUUCGAGCGCGCCGUCGUCGCCAACCAGGUGCGGGCGCUGCAAAUAUUGGAGACCGUACAGCUGAUGGCCAACGGGUACCCGCACCGCAUGCGGUUCCGCGCAUUCGGCGCGCGCUACCGGGCGCUGUGGCGGCGCGGCGAGCGGUGCGCGGCGGGCGGCGCGGCGGGCGGCGCGGCGGGCGGGGCGGUGGAGCGCGAGGCGGGCGCGGCGUGCGCGCGUGUACUCCGCGCAGUGGCCGCGGCGGCCGCCCCGCCGGCGCCCUCCUCCCCGGCGGCCGUGCGCUGGGCGCUCGGAAAGCGCCACGUCUUCCUCAGCGAGGGCAUGCGACAAGUGCUGGAGCGAAUGCGGCGCGCGCGGCGGCAAGCUGCGGCCGAGUGCAUCCAGGCGGCGUGGCGGCGGCACCGCGCCCGCGCGCCUCGCACCGCCGCGCCCGCGCCGCCGCAGCGCCCGCGACCCGCACCGAUCACGGGCACGCCGCCGCCCGACCCGCCCGGCCUGCCCGACCCGCCCGACCCGCCUGACAAGUGCGACGCCACCCUCGUCAAGCGCACCUGUUCGCUCUUUGGACUCGACCUAGAGCGGCCUCCUCCCCUGCCGCCGUCGCGAGCGUACACGGUGUCGAACGGCGUGAAGCUGGGCUACCCGCAGCAGCGCGUGCUGGCCGCGGACUGGGCGGACGAGAGCGGCGCGUUGCGGCUGCGCGCCGGCGACACCGUGCUGGCGCUGGGCGCCGCGCGCCGCGGACACGUCGCCGUGCAGGUACUGGGGCGCACGGUGCCGGUGCCGCACAGCGUGCUGGCGCCGCCGCGCGCGCUGCGACCCCGCGCGCCGCCCGCCGCGCCCCCCGCACCCCCCGUGGCGCCCCCCGCACCCCACGCCCUCACAUGACCUCUCUGACACGACAAACUUUUCUUACAAUGAAGGCUAUUGCGACUUUGCGUUACAAAAUAUUCACAUCAAAGAUGUGACGUCACAGUGAUCGAUGUCACAGUGACAGGAUAGGAUUGUCACCGUGGCGACGGUCCACGGACACGGACAGCGCGGCCGCUGUCGGAGGACACUUCGGCGAGCCGCAUCGUGAGACAAACAUUUAUAACCCGGUGGGCAAUCUGAAAAUGCCACGAGUGCUUCGAUGGACUUUACCUGCCUUGUUUUAUGGUGACUUGUGCGUUAUUUUUAUUCCUAAGUAUGUAUGUUAACCAUAAAUUCCAUGUUUUCUGACAAAACUAUUCUCUCCAACAACGCCCCUCUCGAUAUGUAAUUAUUCAAAAUACGAUACGAAAUGGAAGUUUAUUGUAAAGUGAUAUAGAUGUUUGAUGCAAUAUUGAUUAUGUAUACAUUAUAGUCGCGGCCCGCCGCUCCGCUUGUCCCGCUAAUCCCGCACCGGCGGGUGUCGCCUCAA